AUGGAAGGAAUAAUAUCAGGCUCCUCUAACAAUGACAAUGGCGAUGAUCAUGAUCUCUUUGUUGAUGAUUUCUACUUCUCAGCACUCUUUGAUGAUGAUCAAGUAUUUCCAAUCUCCGACGAAAAAUACGCGCUAGAGCUACAUCUCCAGGAGGCUCUAAUCUCCUCCUUAAUCUCUUUCAAAAGACCAGAAAAUCAUGAAGCUAGUAAUCACCAAAUCCACAAGCCUACCCUCACAAAGAGAGUCAAAGAAUCUGGUGAGUCUUCUUCACAAUCACAAUGCUUUUGCGCUAUUUGCAUGGAUGUGAAGCAAAAUGAAGAGAUGUUUAGCACCAACACUUGCACACACACAUUUUGUACUGAUUGUAUCACCAAAUAUGUUGCUGCCAAGAUACAAGGAAACAUUUCAAUGGUGAAAUGUCCCGGAUUGGAUUGUAAUGAAACUUUGGAGCUAGAAAAUGUUCGCGACAUUAUACGAAGGAAGUGUUUGAUAGGUGGGAAGACAACUUGUUUGAGUCAGUAA